AUGUCGGCACCUUCAACAGACAUAUCGCAGCUCUCCGAAGAGCAGCAACUGGCGCUACAACAAGUCACAUCUGUAACAGACCAGGACCUGGAGACAGCUUUGGCCUUGCUACAACGUUGUCAGUGGAAUGCUCAGAUCGCCAUCACACGCUUCUUCGACGGUGACGCCGAUGUCGUCGACGUCGACGUGCCACCGCCGCAAGACACCCGCAGAUCAGAAAACCUGGCCGCAAGUCUCGAUGCCGCCGCUUUCGCGACAAGCAGACCGACUCCACACGGCCUGCAACAGGCUCCGCGUGUUGUACCUACGCCAGAAAGUCAGCUGACCCAACCAGCGCCCUUUGUCUUGCAGCUGCUCUUCCUGCCUUUCAACCUGACCUACUCCAUCUUCAGCCGUGUCUUUGGCGCGCUGGGCUAUCUCUUCCCCGUCAUACCUCGUCUCUUACACCGUCUCUUUCCCCUGCGGUCCGCUCGUCCCAACAACUCGGACAGACGUCCCUUGAACCCUCGCGACACAGCCUCUCGCUUCAUCCGCGACUUCGAGGAAGAGUACAACGUCGAACCGAACACUAUACCCUUCUUCGAGAAUGGCUAUGCCCAAGCCUUUGAUCUGGCCAAACGCGAUCUAAAAUACCUACUGGUCAUUCUGCUGUCCCCCGAGCACGAUGACACCGCCCCCUUCGUCCGUGACACUCUGCUCUCGCCGCACGUUAAGGAAUUUAUACAGACCCACGCCUCCGAUAUGAUCGUUUGGGCUGGAAGUGUUCAAGACUCCGAAGCGUACCAGGUUGCUAAUGCCCUCAACGUCACCAAAUUUCCCUUCACCGGCUUGGUCGUCCAUACACCCUCCGUCUCGUCCACCUCCAUGUCCCUGAUCGCUCGCGUCGCCGGUCCUGUUCCCUCGGCAGAAUUUCUUGUCAAGAUGCAAGACGCUAUGCAGAAGCGUGAUCAAGAGCUGGAAGGUGCGAGGAGACAGCGCUCUGAACAGCAGGCAUCAAGAUCUCUUAGGGAAGAGCAGAACAGCGCAUAUGAGCGAUCUUUGGCUCAAGAUAGGGAGAGGGCUCGCCAAAGAAAGGAGGCUGAAGCUGCUCGUCAAAAGGCCGAGCGUGAGGAAAUAGAACGUGCAGAGGCAAAAGCACGAAAGGUACAGAACGUCUUGCAGUGGAGGAAAUGGCGUGCACACUCACUGCCACAAGAACCUGCUUCUACCGUCAGCGAUGUGGUGCGCAUCAGUGUCAGAAUGCCCUCUGGCGAAAGGGUGAUACGCAAGUUUGGCGCCGACGCCCCGCUCGAAGAGCUAUAUGCAUUCGUUGAAUGCUACGACAUUCUGCAGAGUGACGAGCUGGCAUCGGCAGAGGAGGCCUCCGAACCAAGCGGAUACAGCCACGAGUACGAGUUCCAAUUAGUCUCACCUAUGCCCCGCGAAGUGUACGGUCUUGAGCAGGGCGGUACCCUGAAGUCUCGUGUUGGCAGAAGCGCAAAUCUCAUGGUGGAGAAGUUGGCGGAAGGGGACGACGAAGAUGAAGACGAAGAAGAGAACUCGACGUAG